CAUUUUCCCAUCCACAAACAACAACCUACCAACCUUAGCAGAGGAGUCGUGAGAGGAGGAAAACAGCCUGAGCAGAGGUUCAGCCGUCCAACCAAGACAAGACGCAGCCAGCACAAAAGAAUGGGAUCGUCUGGGGUGCAGAUAGUGUGUGUGGCCCUCGGGGUCUUCGGCCUCGUUGGUGCCAUUGUAUGUUGUGCCGUUCCGAGAUGGAAGGUGUCCGCAUUCGCAGGGUCCAACAUCGUUACUGCACAGAGCAGUCAGGAAGGCUUGUGGAUGAACUGUGUGGUACAGAGCACUGGCCAGCAGCAGUGUAAGAGCUACGACUCCCUGCUGAUCCUGUCGUCGGACCUGCAGGCGGCCCGUGCCAUGAUCAUCAUCAGCUGCCUGCUUAGCAGUCUCAGCCUCCUCAUCCUCUUCUGUGGUGCUGAUUUCACCACUUGCGUGGAGAACGAGGAUGCCAAGCCGAAGAUCAGCCUGGUGGCCGGGGUUGGCCUGCUGGUGGCCGGCCUCCUGGUCAUAAUCCCCGUAAGCUGGUCUGCCCACAACAUCAUCCGUGAAUUCAACAACCCACUGGUGCCAGCAACUCAGAAGAGAGAGCUGGGAGCCUGUAUCUUUGUGGGCUGGGCUGCCGGGGUACUGCUUCUUCUGGCUGGAGGCCUUCUCUGCUGCUUCAGCAGGCCCAAGUCCGGCAGCUCAGGGGGAACUGCCAAGUACUACAGCAACAGCGCCUCCGCCCCCAACAAAAACUAUGUGUAGUGUUAAUGUGGAGGGACUGGUGUUUGAGCAAAUGGAAUAGUAGAAGCAUCACAGUUGGACUCAGGACUCACAGGACUGUGGAGAAUCUCCUUCGUCAAGAAAAAUCCCAUUUAUGUAUUAUAAAAUGUCCUCAUAGGUCAACAUCUCAUUUCAGAGCACAU